CACUUCCUCGCAAAGUUUGCCCGAGGAAAUGUCUCCGCCAAAGUUACCCGCGGCCGCCCGGCCCUGGGGCUGCCUCCCGGCCCGCUGAGCGGGGAGGGCGUUCCGGAGCGGGCAUGCCCGCCUCCCUGCGCUCGCCGGAGCACGGCCGGGCCGCCGCGGGCCGAGGGUUGAGGCGAGGCGGGCGGACCGGACCGGACCGUUAGCUGAAGCCGCGGGGCGCCAUGGCCCGGGAGUGCGCCGCCCGCAGCCUGGACGGCAUCGACCUGGCCGCGCUGCGGGACCCUGCGGGAAUAUUUGAACUGGUGCAGGUUGUUGGCAAUGGGACGUAUGGACAAGUCUAUAAGGGCCGCCAUGUUAAGACUGGGCAGCUGGCUGCAAUCAAAGUGAUGAAUGUUACUGAGAAUGAGGAGGAAGAAAUCAAGCUGGAGAUAAAUAUGCUAAAAAAAUAUUCCCAUCACCGGAAUAUUGCUACAUAUUAUGGUGCAUUUGUAAAGAAGAGUCCUGCAGGCCAAGAUGAUCAGCUCUGGCUGGUGAUGGAGUACUGUGGUGCUGGCUCCGUCACCGACCUCAUCAAGAACACGAAGGGGAACACUUUGAAGGAGGAGUGGAUUGCCUACAUCUGCAGAGAGGUUCUCAGGGGCUUGGCACAUCUUCAUGCUCAUCAUGUCAUCCAUCGAGAUAUUAAAGGACAGAAUGUUCUUCUCACAGAAAAUGCAGAAGUAAAACUGGUGGAUUUUGGUGUAAGCGCCCAACUGGAUAGAACUAUUGGGAGAAGAAAUACCUUCAUUGGAACGCCUUACUGGAUGGCCCCUGAGGUCAUUGCUUGUGAGGAGAACCCUGAUUCUACCUAUGAUUACCGAAGUGACCUCUGGUCCUUGGGAAUCACUGCUAUUGAAAUGGCUGAAGGAGCUCCUCCCCUGUGUGACAUGCACCCAAUGAGAGCACUCUUCCUCAUCCCGCGGAACCCACCCCCAAAGCUGAAAUCCAGAAAAUGGUCGAAGAAAUUCCUUAAUUUUGUUGAAAGCUGCCUUGUAAAAAAUUAUUUGCACCGUCCAUCCACUGAAACUUUGCUUAAGCACUCAUUUAUCCGAGACAUGCAGAAUGAACGGCAAGUGCGCAUCAUGCUGAAAGACCACCUGGAUAGGACCAGGAAGAAGAAAGGAGAAAAGGAAGAAACGGACUAUGAUUACAGUGGAAGUGAGGAGGAAGAUGAUGAGCUGAAUGAAGAUGAAGGAGAACCAAGCUCCAUAGUUAAUCUCCCUGGAGAGUCAACCCUCCGACGUGAGUUUCUGAGGCUGCAGCAAGAGAACAAAAACCGUUCUGACCCUCAGCGCCAGCAGCAGCAGCUGAAGGACCAGGAGAAAUACAAGAAGCAGCUGCUGACAGAGCGGCAGAAACGCAUCGAGCAGCAGAAAGAGCAAAGGAGGAGGCUGGAGGAUCAUCAGAGGCGAGAGCAAGAGCUCCGAAGGCAGCAGGAGUGUGAGCAGAGGUGGGCUGAGGCUAAGGAUGUUCAGAGGAGAGAAGAGAGGUGUCAGGAAGACAAAAAGGCUGUGGAAGAUGAUGAACGGUUCAUAGCAGAUGGGCAGAGGAAAUCAGAAAAGAAGCAGAAAAAGGUGGAAGACGUGCAGCACAACAAGAAGGGGCAUCGAACUCUCCCCAAGGAUCAGACACAGCUGCUGUCUCUCCAGCAUGACCACAAGCAGAAGAAGAAGGAGCCUUCCAGGGGUUCAAAUUCAGCAGCACAUCUUCCAUCAAGCAACACAACCAAGGAGGUUGAGGGUCGAAGAAAGAGAAGUGAUGGCAUCCAGCCUGCCCUGCAGUGGCCUGCAGCACUGGGGCAUGACGCCAUGCCACAGGCGAGGGUGGGCUCUGGGAGCAGCUCCAGCCCCUGCACCCCUGCACUGCAGAGAGCCGUCUUAGUGCAGUGUGACAAUUUCCAAGCCAGUAAAGAUGUGUACCACAGCAGCUCGCUGUCGGACAUGGUGACCACACUAGUUGGCCUUGGACAGGAUGACGUAUUCUGGAAUGGGAGUCAAAGUGAAGAACAGCCCCCAAAGGUUCCAGAAAGGACAACCUCCAAAUUUUACAGCAGGGAUCAACCUGGCCAACAGAGAUGCCAUUCAAGUAACAGCCAUCAGCUGUCCCCUGGGGGACACGCUCUGAAGCUCAACAGCAGCAGCAGCAGCAGCACUGCUGGCCACAAGCCGUGGGAGAUGGCAUCUCAUCAGAACAGCCGAUCCACCUCAGGGAAUCCAGGACCUGCCAAGGGAGAGAAUGCUUUGUCACAGGACCACAUGCAGCUGCAUAAGAAGCCUGAAAAAGUUUCUCAUCUGGUCCACAUGGCAAGCCCAUGUUCCUUUGCCAAGGGGAAGGACAGUGCCGGUUUGUUCUUGAAAGCAGCAGAAUAUUCCUCGUCAAGUGACGAAGUCAGCAGCAGUGACGAAGAUGACACGAACCACACGAGGCAACUGCUGAGCAGCAGAGUGGCAGAUUUCUCAAGGACGAGAGUACCAGAUGGGAUUGAACUGAAACCCCAAAGCACCGUCGCAGAACAGAAGGAUCAGGUUUUAGGGAAACAAAUUUCAAGCACUCAAGAAGGCCUCUGGAGCUUAAACAACCAGAACUAUCUCCUGCCUGAUCUUCUCCAGCAAAGCCAAAUUUCAAAUGCUGCUGUGAAUCCACCAAAAGUGCCACUGACUAACCAGGAACCUCAGAACAAAUCUCUGAGUAAGACCCCAUCCUCUGAAAGCACACCUUCAAAGAGCAGCACAUCAUCUACAACAUCAUUCACUUCAUUCAUAGAUCCUCGACUUCUGCCAAUCACCCCUCCUACCAGCCCGGUAGGACCUCCCUGUAGUUCCUCAUCUAGUGCCAAACCUGAGCCUGUCAGGAGAGAAAAUGCAAGGAAGGGUUCUGUUGUCAAUGUUAACCCAACAAAUAUCCGCCCACAGAGCGACAGUCCAGAAAUUCGUAAAUAUAAGAAGAAAUUCAACUCAGAAGUGCUUUGUGCUGCUUUGUGGGGAGUAAAUUUACUGGUGGGAACAGAGAAUGGAUUGUGGCUUCUGGACAGAAGUGGGCAAGGAAGAGUUUAUUCACUGAUUACAAGGAGACGAUUCCAGCAAAUGGAUGUUCUGGAAGGACUCAAUGUGCUAAUUACUAUAUCAGGGAAGAAGAAUAAGUUGAGAGUCUAUUACCUGUCAUGGCUGAGAAAUAAGAUACUGCGCAAUGAUCCAGAGGUGGAGAAGCGACAAGGCUGGGUGUCUGUGGGUGACCUGGAAGGCUGCGUACACUACAAAGUUGUAAAGUAUGAGAGAAUCAAAUUCCUUGUAAUUGCUUUGAAAAGCUCAGUGGAGGUUUAUGCCUGGGCUCCAAAGCCUUAUCACAAAUUCAUGGCUUUUAAGUCCUUUACCUCACUUCAUCACAAACCUCUGUCAGUUGACCUGACUGUUGAAAAUGGACAAAGAUUAAAAGUGAUCUAUGGCUCUCUGGUAGGCUUUCACGCUAUUGAUGUGGACUCUGGAUCUGUGUAUGACCUCUACCUUCCAACACACAUCCAGGGAACUAUUCGCCCACAUGCCAUUAUCAUCCUCCCUAACACCAGUGGAAUGGAACUUCUACUCGCCUACGAAGAUGAAGGCAUCUACAUUGAUAUAUAUGGGCAUUUCACAAAGGAAACCGUUUUGCAGUGGGGAGAAAUGCCAGCAUCUGUAGCUUACCUUCAAUCUAAUCAGGUCAUGGGCUGGGGAGAGAAGGCGAUUGAACUGCGCUCUGUGGAAACAGGGAACCUGGAAGGAGUAUUUAUGCACAAGAAAGCACAGAAGCUAAAGUUUCUAUGUGAAAGAAAUGACAAGGUGUUCUUUGCAUCCGUACAAUCAGGAGGCAGCAGUCAAAUUUACUUCAUGACUCUUGGUCAGAAUGUGCUGUUCAACUGGUAAAUCACAUCAAAACGAAGGAUGCUUUGAAAUGUUUGCCCUGCAGCUCGCUGUGUAAAAUGCUUGGAGGCAGUACGUAUGAAUUUGCACUUUUUACCUACAAAAAUCUUGUCAAUAUUAUCAAAAUUCAUAUUCUUGCAGAGAAAGAAAGAGUUCUAUUUUCCUGUCAAAAUCUUGUAAACACAUUUAGCUCGUCUUCUCAAACACAUCGCAAGCAAAGACUGUAUUCAUAGUGUUAGGAGAGAGCAAGUUUAAUGAAGAAUGUAUCAAGUAUAACAAGCUCCUGUACUCUGGUGAGUGCAGUUCCUUUUAUUACAGAUAAUGUAACGUUAUCAUCUCAAACUGAAGCCUCUUUUUUAGACAGCAACAUCUCUACGUAGAUCUAAAAACACAGGUUGGAUGGCAAAUUGGAAUCUGUUUUGAAUUGUUUUUUAGCUUGUUAUGUAUUUUAAGCAAGUCAUUAUUGUUCCAUGAAGACUUGCUUGUGUGAGUCUUACCAUCAGAGAAAGAGCGAGUGUUCAUGAAGGGGCCUGAUGAAUUCAGGGUGCAGAGGGGCCGUGUCCUGUGGCAGAGAAUGGGUGCUUUUUCCUGCAGCCACGUGAGGCAGAUCUUACAAAAGGCAGGGAACAGACUUUGUGUUUCUCUCAGGGCUGGAAGCCUGAGCCAAUAGACACAGUUACUGUAGAGCGUAUUUGUACAAACAGUUGAAGUAGUAGUUUGUCUUAAACGUAUAUGGAAUACAGAGCAGAACUUGGAACUUGACUCAACCAAGGGACCCACACUCGUGUGAGUUGAUUUAAAGGCACUACCCGUGUACAUAAGCCACAGGAUUCGGCACCAUCUUUUCUUCCUUGCUUGCUUUUCUAGCAACAAGCCUUCAUGUAUUUGUAUGUAAAUAUAAUCUUUCCAAAAAUGGAUAUUAACAAAUGUAUUCUGAAUAUAGUUAUGAAAAUAUCCAAAGAGUUAAUCUAUUAUAAAGAGAAAAUAUAAAUAAUUUCAGGUGCUUCCUAUGCUAAUUGCAUCAAAAUAAAGCUGCAUCCACUAGUGUUAUCGGUGCCAGUGUUUCUGCAUAGACUUUCUUCUCAGGGGCAUGUAACUUGGCCAUAAAACUACGCAGACAUUGUGUGAUUAAAUCGUAGGGUUUGAUGCAGUCAUCAUUUAGCUCAUUUCUGGACAUGCUUUGAGAAUGUAAAGCGCCAAAUGUUAACACAGAAGAGCUUAUUCGAGACGUGACACAGUUAUGGAUGAUGCUGCAGGCAAAAGUGGAAUUGAUAGCCACGGUGUUUGGAAAUAGGAGUUUUAUUACUUGAAAUAUGUGAUACUGAAAGGUGCGGGGAAAGCGUAUUGGAAUAUCUCUGGUUGUCUACCUCAAGGAUGAUGAUACACAAUUUACUAAGGGGAGAAAUAAAGUUGUUCAAACUGGUAGCCAUUUUUUACAGCGUGUCAAGCCAAGGCAGUGUUAGCAGUCGUUUGUGACUGACUGGUGCUCAGACCGCAGCCAUCAGCUCCAGAACUGUUAUCUUUGUACAAAACAGCAGCACAGGAUCAAAGCAGGGACUCAUCGGCCCUUCCCUGCAGUGGCACUUGUACAGCUGCAGGCAGAUCAGAGACGCCUGCACCACUGCUUGUCUAUGUUCUUUGGUUGUGCAGAAGGCUGCACUUUCCGCAGUUAUUAACCUAGCACUUCCCAUGAGCACUAGCUUAUCUCAGAACGUAUAGAGCUUUAUUUGAUGAAGUAUUUUCCUCUGCAGUGUUUUAACUUAGAGAAGCCUAAGCCACGCUAGAGCGUAUGUGCAGUUACAUACUGACUGUCUCAGUUUCCAUUGCUCUCUGCUAAAUCCUUUUCAAGGAGAGCUGAGCACCAAGAUCUGCCUCCUACCUGUUGGCACCAGCGUGGGAGGAGGGGAGUCAUUUAUAUGCCUCCCAUGUAACGCAUGGGAGACAGUCCUGUGCCAAGGGGCUAAAGAAGCAAAAUGCCAUCAAACCCAUUGAAUAUUCCUGUAACAGCAGAGUGUGGCAGUGAGAGGAUGCUGUGUGAAAACGUUUAGCUCCACACCAGGAAAUAAACAGAGAGAGCUGGAGAGAAGGGUUAGGGUUAGUAGUGUGCUACUGCACUGAGAUUGUAAUCUCUCAUUCUGCUCCCUUCUGUCAGUUCUGUUUUCUUUUGAGCCGAUUCAAGUCAGCGGAUUGGAUUUUCACCAUUUACUCUGCACAUCAAACCACUGAAUUAUUGAGGUUACGACCACAUGUAAAUACGGAAUGAAUCAGGACCUCAGAGGUGAAUGCUUGUAAAGGAUUCAGAGGCAGCAUUCCAGCUAAUAAUGGCAGUUGGGUGUAUUGAGAAGAAUGUGGUAUUUUCUCUUUAUCAGAGAGGAAGUCGGGAUGGGUGAGGAUGAGAAAGGGCCCAGAGAUGUUGAGAAGAGUAACUGACGAGAGUGUAAGUGGGUGAAGAGGAGAGAGAAGCUAAAGAAAAUAAACAGGAGUAGCCAAAGGGAGGCAGUGGAUGCCUGGAACAGUGUAUUACUGUAGGAGGAAUGAAAGGUUAAGAAAUGGUACCGAAAGAAACUGAAGGGAUCUGGAAUGGCUGGGUGCUGAGCACUGAAUGGCAGCAAUCUGAGUUACUUCAGCCCAAAGGCUCAAGAAAAACAAACCCCAGAGAUGACGGGUUUUCCUGACAUAAAUGUAACUAUGCAAAACACGUAUCAGUUUGUUUCGUUUUGUGAGGAGUUUCUUUAGCUACAUACUCACACCAACUUUUGAGACCAAGGAGGGAACUGCUGAACUCAGUCUGGCUUAGUGCUGGAUGUGCCUGCGUUAAGAGCCAUCAGCUCUGCCCUACAGCCUGAACCUUGACAUACGACUUUCAAACCAGGGCACAACGUAAGCUAUGUACUGUUGAUCACGUAUGUGGGUUUUUUUAUUGUUCCCUAAUGUAAAACCGAAACUAAUAAAAAAAAAAAUGCUUUGAAAACUGAAA